AUGGAGGAGAAGACAGUAUUUGCCAGCACGGAGUCGCCCCGCCGGGUGAUCAAAUUCGCGACGCCGCCACUCAGGCCGCAGAAACAGCCUGUGAUCAGCUCAAUGUCGUUCGGUCUCAACGAUGAUUUCGCAAACGUCAUGGGCGGCGAUAUGCCGGACUCCAAUAUGCUGGAGCAGGUCAACAGCUGCGAUCCAAUGCAGUCGCCCAGGAGGAUAAACCCGAACGCCGACAGGCUCUCCGGCUUCGCGUCGCUGAGGACGAAAACCUUCGACAACAACUUCAAGGAUAUCGAAGGGCUCAAACGCAAGAGCGAAUUGAUGCACCUCUCGGAGAAGUCCCUCUACAGCAAACUCUUCACGCCCAAGCUAGAGGCGCUGCAAAGGCUUGUUGAGCCGGGCAGGUUCACCAGCAAGGAAGGUCGGAAGCCCCAAGAGGACGGUUUCGGCGAACGGUUGGCGCAAAAACGGAGUCGCGACCCACCGAGAGAGGACGAGGGGCACUCCUCCAGCUUAAGCGAGCAGCAGACCCUCGCAGAGGAGCCCGCGCCGAUAAUUAAGCCGGAAUUCCCACUCCAUACAUCCCGCGCGCCACAGCGAGGACUGCAAAUACUGCACGGUGGAGAGGACUACGACCUGGAUGAAGAGAUACUACAAAAGCCACUGAGAGCCGAGGGUGAACAACAGGCGGAACAAGUGGUAACGUUGGUGUCAAACGACGAGGUGGUAAACGGGGUAAAAAAGAAGAGGAUAACAGUCCCCAAGGCGGCGUACAAGCCCCUGGAGGUCGACGAGAAGUCGUCGAACAAGAUCAUCCUCCGGGUGGUUGGCGAUGCGGGCACCGAAACGGAUCACCCGCGCGGUGACGGCGAUGCCGAACAUUGGCUCGACGCCAUAGAAAACCAUAUAGAAAAGCUCACCGACUGGGUGGAAUUGCGCGGCAAUACGCUUACCGACCCCAGGGCUCUGUUCGCCCAGCUUGAGGCGGUGAGGCCGCUGUGGAUGCCGCCGGAGAUAUUCUAUCUGUUCUGCAUGAAGCCCGUCGGGAUGGACCCCCAUGAGUUUCUCGAGCUGAUAGAGACGCACAACAUCGAGGAGUGCGCCGAGAGGCUGCACAAGUUCAGCGUGGUCAACACCAACGCCAUGGGCUACGUGAUCGACGCGGAAAACGAGACCUUCAAGGAACUGAGCAAACUCAACAAGGUGCACAAGCGGCUGGCCAACGAGGAGGACAUCUACUCCAAGAUCCUGGCCAAGAUGAUGGACAACUUCAACGGCCAGGUGGAGGACCUGCUGCAAACCACCAGGCAGGACCUCAGGCUCGCAGCGGGGGACACGUACCUCCAGUACGGCUCCAUCAAGAACAUGACCUCGUGGCGGAUGGGCGACCCGAUCAUCAGGGAGAAGGGGUUCGCCCACGACAAGGCGUCGAAGGAUAAGAUGAGAACGCUCCAACAAAUGCAAGAGGUGUUCGGCGAGUACUCAAACGUCUCCUCCGAAACAUCGGUGGACGAGGCCAAAUACAUAUACUACAUGAAGCUCCUGCAGGACAUGGAAGACAGCGAGCGCGACGAGCUGCGGGAACAGCUUGCGCGUGACCGCACGCAAGCCCUGGCGGAGUACUCGUUUAUUGAGCCGCCAUUCAAGCCGCACGACUGCCUCGCCUGGAGGGUUGUCGGGGUGUCAUGCAAAUCGGUCGUUUGGAAGAUGUACAACACCGUGAAGUGCGCACCCGUGGUAUACAAGCAACGGCUGACGGGCGCCCUCGAUGCGAACACCGUGGCUGCGUUGCACAACGGGUUCAAACAAGCGUUCGACGACAUCCAGAAGUACCAAACGAAGUACGCCUACAACAAACAAGUCAUUUUCGCCACCGGAUUCGAAGUCAGGGCGGAGUGCAUCGUGGAACGCAUGGAGUUCAUCAGAGAUGUGCCGGUGUCGGACCUCUUCGAGAAGACGACGCAAAUGACGCCCACCGAACGCCUUGCUCACGCGCAGGUCAUAGUCAGAGAGGUCACGAAACUGGUGCGGCAGCUGCAAGGGAUCGAUUUCGUCCUGCCACUCAAGUCAAGCAGACUGUACCUCUCGCCGGCUGGGGCCAGGAUCUCGGUGGGCCUCCCCUUCCCCCUGCUCCCCGCCGACACGCGGAACCUCCUCAAAAAGCACGAGAAACGUACCAUCGCAACGCUGCUUUGGGGCAAACAGAUCGACUGGUACCUCCCGCCGGAGGCAAGGAACGACACUGGUUUUACCAGGGACCCCGCGGCAGUUGCGAAGGCGCACGUGUGGAUGAUCGGCAAGAUACUGUACGAAGUGGUGUGCGACACCACCAUCUCGAGGUCUUCGCUCGACUACAACAAAAUCGAGCUCUGCGAAGACGCCGACACCCGGGACUUUCUCAAGCUGUGCCUGCAGGAGAACAUACUGAAGCGGCCGUCCGUGGACGACCUGCUGAAGCACCCGUUCAUGAAGCGAAGCAAGCUCAACUACGGUAUGUUGCCGUCAACGUGCUCGCAACUUGAAACAGGCUCCCUCGGGCCGGUCGACGUCGGCAAGGUGCAGUGCGCCGUUGAGAUUCUCGGCGACAUCGAGACGAUCGUUCUCAACAAAAUCAACCGCACCGAGAAGGGCGUCGCCGACUACGAGCAGAACGAGAACUGGGAGGCUGUGCUCGGCGAAAGCAGCGGCGAAGACCUCUGCCCGCUCGGGAACAAGUACGCCUACAACUUCCCCGUCUGCAGCCGCAGCGCGCCCCUCAAAAAGUAG